CUCGAUUGUCGCCUGUCGGCCAUCUUCAUCACCGGAUGCGCUUCGAAGUUUCCAUCCGCUAAACAUCCCGCGUGCUAGGCGACCACCUUGAUACCCAUCUUCCCUAGUCCUUUCACGGUCUCUAAUCACCAUGGACGACCCAGCGAGCCGUGUUCCCGCGCAGUUGCUGCCGCACAUGCAUCUGGUGUCGCGGCACCGUUAUCCCCUUAUGCAUAUGAUGCCCACUGACACCGUCGUCGAAUACCUCCUCUCCGCGCCCAAGAUCGUCCGGGAGGCGCAACCGAUGCAUUGGACGUUCCUUGAUGGCCCGCAGGACGGUUCUGUCAUGCUCACCUGGCAGCCAUUGAACCAGCUGGGAACCAACUUUGCUAGCGACGGUUAUGUCUGGGCCGACGUCGAACAAGCGUUCACCUUCGAAGCUCGCGGCUACCUGGUGGAGAUGUGGCUGCAUCGCAGUGGUUAUCACCCACCAAACGAGACCCUGGCUAUCCACUGCCGCAGACGUUACCGACUUCUGCCGUCGAAGGUCCCUAACCCGAACGUUCCUCCGCCGGACCCUUCCUUGUGGAUUGUUCACUACUCGAGAGGUCCUCCCACCGACCACAUCCCCGCGAACCGGAUCCCCGUCAUGCCUCCAGUCCAGAACAUGCUGGCUCAACGGCGGUUCCUCCAGAGCCAAGGCCAACUCGCGCGCAAGGACUUCAUGCUACACGAUCGCAACAACUGGCCAGCCAUCAACUUCCCUCCGCAGAUGGCUCCUCAAGGCUUCCCUCAGGUGCCUGGCGCAUACCCGAGUGCCAUGGUAGGACGCCAGCAGUUCUACCCCCCGCCAGGCCCGGGUGUGCCGCCUCCGGCCGCUGCCACACCCGCCAAGGCCGCGCGCGGGCAUCGCGCUUCGUCUGCUGCAGUCAACGCUGCCACAGCCGACUUUGCCCUUGAAGAUGAAGACGUUUCGACUGGGGAUGCUAUGGAUUUGCUUACUCCGCGCGAGAUCAGCAAGAUGAGAUACCAGCAACACCACGAGUGGAUGGAGGAGAUCUUCGCCUCGCCCUACGCUAUCAACCAGAUCACCCCGGUCUCAUUGGGCCUGGGCCGGAAAGGAGAGCUGGAGUCGUUGACAGCGGGAUUCUUCGACGCACCCGUUGGACCUGCCAAUGGAGAGACGAAGGAUGCCAACGCGUCAAGUCAAGCCGCAGAGAAGAUGGAGCCUGCUAAGGCAGAGGAAUUCGCUGACCGUGUCGCUAAGAAGGUCGCUGACAUGACAGCUGAGAUUGAAAAGCUGAAAAAGCGCCAUGCGCGUCGUAUGGAGAAGUUUAACCGCACGUCGCUACUGAAGGACGCAGAACUCCGGCUCCGGGAAGCCGCAACAGACCCUGCAGAGACUGGCACAGAGACAUGGAGAUUGGAAGGUCGUGUUGUGAUGCCUUCGGAAGAAGAUGACUCACAGGCUCCUCAAGUAGAGAAUCCGGCCAAGUACAAGGUUGACGACAUCGUACGGGAGGUGGAGAAAUCGUGGCAACGGCAGAUCGUACCGGAGCCCAAGAUCUCCUGCGUGCAGAAAGGUGGUCUGCUGGAAAAGAUCGAGCCUGAGCAAAAACCCGAACCCCAAACGGAAGGUGACAUUGAUAUGGAGAACGCCGACAGCCACUUCCUUGACCAACUGGGCUCUCCAUCUGCCGCUGGGGCCGUUCCUGCUGCAUCCACCACCCAGGAGCCAGCAGCACCAGCAGCCGCGCCCGCCGUUCCUCCCACAACCAGUGUACCUUCUGGAGGCGUACCCGUGCCACCGCAGCCACAGCCCACCGCCGACGCUACGCAGCAGGGUACGUCUCUCGAUAUCGACAUGGAUAUGGGCGACGGACAGGCGACGAGCACGGCGGCUGGGGAAACAGGCGACUGGGUGAUGGUCAACGACGAGAAGAAGGAUCAGCCUGCUGGCGGUGAUAGCUCCCUACCGGGCAUCAGCACCCCGGGUAGUGGCAUCCAAGGCCUGACACCUGGAAACGGAGGGAGUGCCGGAGAUUCUGCGCUGGACGGGGCCAACUUCGAUUUCACGAAUAUGGAUAGCGCAGGUGAUGCGCUUGCAGCGUACACCGAGCAAAACGAAGGGCUGGACCUCCCGGACCUGGAGAACUCGGCGUUCGGCGAUGCAUUCCACGCAUCGGAUAAUGAGAACACACAUCACCACGAUGCGGACGACAUGGCUUAGGAUUGCUGAUCGCUGGGUUUCGAAAUUCCUUGGGGUGGGGGACACGGUGUUUGUGGUGCUCUUGUAACCAAUAAUUGGCGCUGGGUUUGCUUUGCUUGAGCCCUUUCCGUGUAGAGGAGGGGUUGUGAAUGAGAUUGCUCCAUU